AUGGCUCCGGCUGGGGCGGAGGAGAAGGAUCGGGACGGCGCCUCGCCGAGCGAGAGCGCUCCUAGCGGCCAUCACGGGGACGGCGCCCUGGACCAGAACGAGCUGCACUACGUGCAGCACGAGCUGGGCCUGUCCGAGGCCGCGGGCGGCCUCCUGCGCGGGGAGGGCCGCGGCGGGGGCGGCCGCCUCUCGGCGCGCGGGCUCGGCGCCGCGCUCGCGCGGGCGUGCCCCGAGGCGGGCGCCGGGGCGCUGGCGCUGGCUGGGGAGCUGGCGGCCGCGGUGCACGCAGAGGGCGCGGCGGCGUCGGGGGAGGCGGUGCCGUGGUGGCUGCAGGUUGACGUCGGCGGCCAGCGCCAGGCGCACGGCCCGCGGCCACCGGAGGCCAGGGCGGCCUGGUGCUGCGAGCACGCGGGCGUGGGCUGCGCGGCGCGGCCAGCGGGCAGCGGCCCG